GGUACGGUGGCCGGGCGGGACCGGGAGCGGGACCGGGAGCGGAGCCGGGCGGAGCCAUGGAGGUCCAGUCCUACUACACCAAGCUGCUGGGGGAGCUGAACGAGCAGCGCAAGCGCGACUUCUUCUGCGACUGCAGCAUCAUCGUGGAGGGCAGGAUCUUCAAAGCCCACAAGAACAUCCUGUUCGCCAACAGCGGCUACUUCCGAGCGCUGCUCAUCCACUACAUCCAGGACAGCGGGCGCCACAGCACGGCCUCGCUGGACAUCGUCACCUCCGAGGCUUUCUCCGUCAUCCUGGACUUCCUCUACUCGGGCAAGCUGGACCUGUGCGGGGACAACGUCAUCGAGGUGAUGUCCGCGGCCAGCUACCUGCAGAUGACCGACGUGGUCAACUUCUGCAAGAGCUACAUCAGGUCCUCGCUGGACAUCUGCAGGAAGAUGGAGAGGGAGGCCGUGGUGUUCUACCAGGCUGACAGCGGCAGCUCGGCCAGGGAGGGCCCCUCUGCUGGCUCCAAGGGUGCUGUCCCCGUGUCCUCCAUGCAGGAGAAGGUUCUGGAAUGCCAGAGGGACCCUCCCUGCGGGGAGUGCAGUGGCUGCCACCCGCUGGAGGUGGUGGCCAGGGACCCUCAGAGCAGCGUUUCCCCCGAUGGCUGCAGGAGGGUGGAGCCCAAGGUGGAGUUUGAGGCCGAGCCGGCGGCGGCGGCGGCGCUGGAGCCCAUGGAAGAGGGGCAGCCCCUGGAGCUGGCCUGCAAUAACCUGCACAUGAAGCAGUUCCUGGAGGCUCUGCUGCGCAACAGCUCGGCCCCGAGGAAGGAGGACGUGGUGCAUCACCUGGUGCGGGGAUUUGAGGGUAGGGCUGAGGAGGCUGGAGUGCCCGUGAGCUCCAUGGUGGACAUUCACAGCGACUGGUAUGGUGAGGACACAGGUGACGUGCUGGUGGUGCCCAUCAAGCUGCACAAGUGCCCGUUCUGCCCCUACACGGCCAAGCAGAAGGGGAUCCUGAAGCGACACAUCCGCUCGCACACCGGCGAGCGGCCGUACCCCUGCGAGACCUGCGGCAAGCGCUUCACCCGCCAGGAGCACCUGCGCAGCCACGCGCUCAGCGUCCAUCGCUCCAACAAGCCCAUCAUCUGCAAGGGCUGCAGGAGGACCUUCACCAACAGCCUGUCGCAGGGGCUGCGGCGCUUCGGGCUCUGUGACAGCUGCACCUGUGUCACCACCACCCACGAGGACUCCCUGCCCAUCAACCUCAGCCUGGUGGAAACGGCCUCAGAAGGGCAGGAAAAAGGAGAUGCUGACAAUGAUUGGCCCAUCUAUGUGGAGUCUGGGGAGGAAAAUGACCCAGCUGAGGAUGAUGAUGGCGACGACAAGCAGGAAAUCCACCGCAGUUUGUCAGACAGAGAGACUUUGAUGUAGCAGUGAGAGGAGAGGGGGAGCACUCAGAGGUUCCCUGGCAGUGUCUGUGACAGAAAACUGCACAUUUGCUCAAGCAGUGACACUGUGCUGGUUUUUAUUAUUCUUGGUUUUAAUUCAAUUGUGAGGAGAAUUGGAUUUUUUGAUACUUUUUAAGUUUUCAGUGCUGUGCACCAGAAAUCUGUGAAGAAUCUUCAUCUGGGGCUCACAGAGGUUGGACUUGAGCAGUUUCUCUGCCUGCUGGUUUUGGGUUUGCAGGUGGAACACCUCUGGGUUGUUUUGGGGACAGGUUUUUUCAAAUAAUGAGUCCUGGUCCUUAAUCCCUGAUCUGAAAGGGACGCUACCUUUCCUCUGAAGAUGACAUAAAAUGUGGUUUACAUCUCUUACCUUGGGACUUUUCCAAGCUAAUCUGUGAGCUUCUGUCUUAGGACAGUGUUAUCUAAAUGAUGAACCAUAAAUGUUUGCUGAGACUGGGUUUGACCUGGAAACCAGGGCAGAAAAACCAUAACAAAAAAAAAAACCCAACAAAAA